CAAAAAUAUCAUCAACACAACAUUUGCAACGCAAGAUUACUAACAACUUCAGCAACACAAAGACAAGAUCAAAAGAGAGAUUGUAAUCACAUUUUGAGAGUUUUUGAGAUCGAAUAUGGUGGCUUCUCGGGUGGUUUGCAUGAUUGGAUGCCUAAUCCUUGUAGCUGCUAUGGUGCACGGUGCAACCGCGGCUACCUAUGAUUUGGAUUGGAAAAUUCCGCCUAACAAUUCCUCUGAUUACUACGAGGAUUGGGUUAGCAACAGGACAUUUCAGAUCGGAGACUCAGUUGUGUUCAAUUGGAACGGCACGGAUACGGCAGCGGACGUGCCUGAAUUCUACUACGAUAACUGCACAGACUUUGGGACAAUUCUAGUGAACAGUGGGGUUAUGGUUACCUUUAAGGUAAAUGGAACCUUCUACUACAUCUCCACCAUUGACACACACUGCGAACAAGGCCAGAAGAUACGUUUUGUUGUCGGAGACGGGGAAUUUGACGUCAAUGAGACCGGUGCUGCUGCUCCUCCUCCGCUGGCUUUCCUUGGUGGCUUCUCUCUGAUCAUCUCUUCCCUUGCAGUUUUAUUCUUCACUAAUUAUAUGUAAAUUUAAUUAGAAUUUCCCACCUAUAUAUAUACAUAUGUAGGUUCUAUAUAUUCUUUGUGUGUGUAUUGUUAAUAAUGGUGUAUUCUCAACAUAUGAAUGAAUAAUAUACUUUGUAGUAAUUGACGUGA